GCGUCACAGAAUCACAGAAUCACCGAGGUUGGAAGCGACCUCCAAGGUCACCGAGUCCAACCUCUGACCUAACGCCAACAAGUCCUCCACUGAACCAUACCACUGGAAGCGGUACACAGGGUGACUCGGCACGCUGGGAUGGAGAGCGAGCGUGACAGGAAAACUCUAUGAGAAAGAAACGAGCUUUAUUUACAACGGUGCUAAAACCGCCGGGACGGAUCAAAGACAAAGCCCAGGAGAAGGGUCACCCUGUCUUGUUGCAGAGCUCCUGUCAGGUCCCAGGAAAUCAGAGGGGACUGCGUUCUAACCAGGCAGCACCUCCUUAGGUGGUAGAGGGCAAGGACUUUGAUCUGAAGCAGAGGGUGACAAGAGUUGCUUUGUUUCUGAACCUAUCAUGGAACAGGAUAUCCAUAGCGAUGGAUUUAACCAGAUGGAGCGCAUGCUAUUGUUUGCUUUCCUGGAGGAGUCCUCUGGUUGUGAGUUUAAAGAGCAGCUGCCAUCCCUACGAAGCCAGGGGAUUGUGUACCCUCUGCAAGACAUUCUCUACUGUGAUGGUGAUGGCGAACUUCAGACCGAUGGGAAUCGGAGUGGCCACUUUCAGAACGGUGAGCAAGUGUUUGACCCUGAGGUAAAUGAAGAAAUUGUCCGGACCAUUGCUGCUCAGCUUGCUGAGAUUGGAGACCAGCUGGAUAAAGAAAUCAAAGCAAAAGUAGUAAAUGAUCUAGUGCAGCACUUCCUGAAUGAGAAUCUGUCUAGAGAGGAGAUAACCCGGUGCCUGUCACAGGCUGUGGAAGUGCUUGCGAGAGCCAUCCCCUCAGACCUGGAACGAGAGAAGGCCAUGUUGGUGCUAGCAAUGGUCUUAACUAAGAAAGUGGCAAAUAAGGUGCCCUUCCUUCUACAGCGUGUCUUCAGCACCACUGUGAACUACAUCAGCCAACACUUCCACGGCUACGUUGCCAGAAUGCUGCACGAGUGAGAGAUCUCCAGCCCUUGGUGUGGAGAGCGGGUUUCUGAAGACUUUAACAUCUGGAUUUGCUCAAAUUACUUCUGUUCUUAACUUCUGAAAUACAGCUGUGAAAGGGAAGGCAGAGCUUUGUAGAUAGGCUUUUGUAGACUAGCACGGCAAUGAUGGUAGUGUAGGCUGCAUGACAGGCCUGCCAGUGCCUGUAAGGUAGAGUGCUUACCCUUGUCUAUUUCACCAGCUUGGGUUUUUUCUUCUCCUUUUCUUCCCCUGUCCCUGUUGGUAGCAGAUGUAGUGCAGGGAGGGUGCGGUGGGCACUGAGCUGUCCCUCCCUGUGUUUCUCCUCGCCAGCUGAUGGGUUCUGCAGGCUGUUGUGCUGCAGCUGGGCCCUGCCAUGUGUGAGCCCUUCCCAAGAAGGCAGCGAGCUGUAGAAGGGGUGGUUUAUCAGCACAGCCCACCAUGGCCUGCGUGUGUGUGGGGGAUCAGCUCCAUCUCAGAGGGGUGCUGGCAGCAAGCAGCCUUUAAGAAAGUAGGGGUGUCUGGCUGGGGAUGGCUAAAGUGAAGGUGCUACAUAAUCAAUCUACAUCAACCCAUGGUUGCUUGAAAAAUCAAAACAAACUUUAGGUACAAGGGUGAAUUGUCGGGGGGAAUGCAGUCUGGCUAUGCUGGAGGAAAGGUAGUCUUUAGCUUUAGCACAGCUUGCCAGAAAGAGAGAGAAGGUAACAGCCGUGUGCCCGGCAGUGUACCUGGCAUCUCUUGUCAGCAACCUCUUGUGGUUUGUGUCUCAGGUUCAGCUAACAAAUGUGGACUCAGGGUCUUUGAUACUUGUAGCAAUCACACACAAGGUGGCUGAGGUUUUGCAGGUGAUUCAGCUGCCCCUGAAGAAACUAUGUAAAUACUUUAGUGUUUUUGCUCAUUGUUUUUUUUAAAUAAAAAUUGUCUGUUCUCAUAGCAGUACACUUAAGAAUGUGAAUUUCUACCUGUUUCUUUCUCAGAAGCUGUCAGUCUUUUGCAUGCAUUCUUGUGCCAUUCUCCUUAUGAUGCUGCUAGUGGUAACACAGCUGCACUCUGGUCAUGACCUUGCAUAAUGAAAAUGACCUUUAUAUUUCGUUAGUGUCUGCACUUGAAGAGGGGGAAGGAGGAAAAAAACACAACCUAGGUUUUGUUUUUGAAAACUGUACCAUUUAUUAAAGUGCAACCUGGGGGCAUGGUCUUACAGCAGUGUCCCAGUGGCAGAGGGAAAAAGGUACAUACCCCUUCCCUUAAAGUGAAUCUAGAACAACGAAGCUGGAAAGAACUUCCUUUUAAAGGUGGAAACACUUUUAUUAACCAAAUGGCACAAGAAGCUUUAGACAGUUUUCCCUAAGAGGGCUGCACUUGCAUACUAAAAGGAAUAAUAUGACCAGUUCCUUGGGCAAGGGGUGAUGUCAGGCCCCUUCAGGGUCUCUUCCCCCAGGCAGUCCUCUCAGGAACAGAACCUGACAUCCCUUAAGUCAGCCACUGCCUCCUGAUACCCAGCAGAAGCCUAGUGGAAGAUUUCUCCAACAUACACGCAUCAGAGUCAGUCUCAUUAGACUUUGCUACUUCAAUCAAGUGGGUUUUAGCUUGAUGCUUGAAUAAAAGCUUAUACUGCAAGUUAAAAAUGGGGAGAUACCCCCUAAAGGUAUAGCAAUAAGAUGCAUCCUCUGCAGCUUGUUCUGUCCAAAUCAGUAGUGUUUCCUUGCCUCCCCUGCAAAUACUGCAGGGAGAUCAAAAGCAGCUUCCACUGGAAGCUCACUGUAGCUCCCUCUCCUACAGCAUACCCAUAGACUUCUAGCUAGGAGGAAGCAAGUCAGCCUACCUAAGAGACGGAGACAGGGUCAGCUCUGAUUAGAGAAAAAAGCGAUCAAGUCAUCUGAGUGGGGCGGUGAAGCUGAGCGGUGUGUUCUGGUUCCUCUGGAUGUAUUGGUAACACCACAGCCCAUCCCUUCCGAGCUGCUGCAGGUUUCACUCCCCAGCCGAAUACACAAGCUGAGAGCAUUCACAGCAGCAGCCCAGCCCAGGAGCCAUGGCAUAAAGCCAGCCCUGUGCUCCCUGCUCUGGAGGGGGCUCAUGAGCUGGUGGUACUAGUGUGAAUACUGGUGGAUUAAAUGCUAACCCUGCCCGCCCCCCCCCCCCUUUUUCUUCUUUGCAUGGCAAUACCUAGCUCACACUUUGAAGCGCAGCACAGAUGCACACAAAGCGCCGCUGCUCCUGUAACCGCCCUAGGUCUGAAACUAGGCAGACCGAGCCACGUGGCAGUCCUGCACAACUUCCACCAUCAGCAGGAACAGGACAUAACGUGCCUCCCCUCACCAUGUUUCACUGGAAACACGCUCUCCUCUUGUGCAACCUGCUGGAGUACAAAAUGCAUACAGGUGGGUCACCUUUCACUGUGGGUCUGGAAUGAGGCGGCCUGAUGAAGGCCUGUGCUAUACAUACCCACGGCCGCUGUGGGGGGAAGGGUAGGGGAGGUGCUCACUUCUCUCCCUCCCCCCAAAAUGUUUCACAGCAAAAGACUAAAGUACAGGCUCAGAUACAAAGUUUGUAGCAUGAGCAUGUGCUGGUUCAGUGAACGAAAGCCUAUGCUGCCAGAAGCACUUCUACUUUAGCCAGGAUAACAACAUCUACCUUACUAGGGCUUUGCUACUCCUACCACACCACUGUGGCUACAGGUAGGGAAGGCUUUAUGCUCUUGGAUCGUUUUUGUCUACUACAGUCAUUACAAUGAAAAAAGACUAAGCUGCUCAACUUCACUACUUUUUUUUUUCCCCUCCAUUUGUGCCCAUCAGAAAGCCUAGGUUAGUUUAAAAAUACAGUCCAAAUCAUUAGGCUAGCUGCGAUCAGAGCUACAUGAAAGGAAAACAGGCUUCCCGCAGCACAACAUGCCCUAUGCAAAAGUGCUCAGCACUACAGCUGCCAGCCUGCCCUUGAGCUGCAGACCCCAGAGCACAGACCACCCCCCCCCAGCCCAGACGCGGAUCAGGCAGGUUGGACAAAGCCAACUGUGAGCACCACACCAGCAGGCACAGCAUCAUCCAUCCCACACUUAAACUGGCAUCCAAAACCCAGUACGACACAACAGCAACUGCACUUCUGCUUCGUCGGCUGCUGUUCAGGCAGGUAAGUACCAGGAGCAGGCAGGUGCUUAACGGGUCAAAGCUGAACAGUCUGCAAGCGUGUGCUGCUCUCCUGGCUCUAGCUUGCUCCUUCAUUGGGCCAGCUCUAGUACUUUAAGCAGCAGUUCUCGUCAAUAUUUAGGCAGCCACGUUAUCCCUAGGAGCCUCUCCUGCCCUAUUCAAGGGGCGCAGGAGCCUGCCCUGCGCUCACGCAGCGCACAGCUGCCCGCUGUGCUCCUUACGUCCCUAACUCGGGCCAUGCUCCCAAGCUGAGUCUCGGCUGUGUCCAGAGGCACUCCAGAGGGCAGCAUUUCACACAUUUUGCAGCUCCAGCCCUUUGUUUUAUCUCAGCUCGAUGUGCUGCAGCCCAGGAUAAGGUGAAGAAGAAAGAACGGGUCUAAGGUAGAUACUUCGUUAAGGUACAGGCCACUCAAGGACAUAAUCGAGGCACUUUUGGGAAGGGGAUAAGUAACACAAAUGGGAGCAAUUCUAUAUGCCUUUUCUUAAGUAUAUAGCUACUGCCUUUGCCAGCUGCAAGAGAGGUUGCAUCAUGAAGUUCAGGGUAAAUAGACCGUGCCAUUUAGGAUUACUUUACUAUACUCAAAGAUAGGAAAAAGCGCUUCCAUUUUCUAGUUCAUGCCUGCAACAGAGCAUGGAGCCUGGCACUCAAGUCAGUAAGAACGCUGCUGUCUGAGCCUACACAGCCCCGCUGGUGACUUCCAAAGGGCCUGUUCCAGCUCUGACCACAGGACUCCAACCUCAGUAGAAUCCAAGUUCAUAACCAACCCUUCUAGCUAGUGGAGUGUUCCUAGAGGAAAGAGAAAUACAUGACAGAUUUUCUUUCUAAACACACAGGGGGACGGGGGAAGAAAAGGUACAAAUGCUUCUUGAAUUGUCAAAUCUAUAAGACCCUAAAGAUGGGAAGAAAACAAGAAGGGGCCACUCAACCAAAUUACAAAGCAGUGCAGCUGAUGCAAAACACCAGGUAUUCAAAGCUUUCACACCACCAUGAAAAUGCUUAACAACAACCACAACAUUUCUUUUCCUUACUACCGCUGCUGCCUUCUUCAAACUACUGCGUACAGAAAAAGAUGCUUACUUAAUGUCCCAUCAGGCUCCUCACAUCAGUAAGCUAGGGACUUUUCCCUAGCAGAUUUAUUGUCAUCUGUCCUGUACUCAUCUCCUACACUACUAGUAAAAUAACCACAUACAGAGAAGAGCCAAAGACAGAGAAGAGCCAAAGGAACAACUUGCCCCCCCCCCCCCCCCAAAUUGCACACAAGUUAUCCAUCAUAUCCAAAAAAAAAACAUCUCUGCUUCAGAGUGGAUUUAGGUACUUGUGCAUAACCCACUGAGCAGCUGCAGAUGGGGCAUUUCCCAAACAGGUGCCUCACCUUCAGUAAGGAGAUGGGGUUAAGAACAGCCCCAUUCCCAGCAGCAACGUGCCCGGCAAGGACACAAAGCCACCAGCAAAGCAGCAGGCGGGGAGGCCUCUCCUGCCUCACCAGGCAAUAAAGCAGCCCUUUCCACCUGGCACCAGCCUUCUACCCUCAGAGCUCACACCACUCAUCAAUAAACACUGUUGUGACACGUGAAACGAAGCAAAACUGUAAACACUUGCAUGUCUGUGACAAAAGGAGCAUAAAGACGCCUCUCCCCAGAGAGGAAAGCCCCCAUGAGGUACCAAGAGGGAGAACUUCGAUGGAAGAAGGCCGGCACGGCACAGCAAUGAGAGGGCACAUGAAAAGAU